AUGGGCAACAAAUACAAAAUCAUGGUGGACAUCACGUUGACUUAUCGGUUCUUCAAAGAUGUUGCAGAAAAUUCUCCAGAAUUUGUUGCUGAGGUCAACACUCAAGAUCUCAUUUUAGACCUCCAAGAGAAGAUUUACGAAGAAGUCAAGAAGUUAAAUAACAAUUUCUUCGAAAUUGAGGCUAAUGACUUAAAAUUGUGGAAAGUAGAAAUCAAUAACGGUGAUAACGACAAAUUUUCCAGUCUCGUCUUGCCGAAUGAUGAUGUGAAAAACUUAAAUAAGCUUAAAGAAAAGAUAGUGGAUCAUUGGAAUGAUGAAGAAAAGCGUUCAAAAGAAGGAUUAUGUUGGGCAGAGAAUACAAGAUUGCAACUCGCAUUUAGUAAUGGAACGAUCCAUGAAGGCGAUAUAGUUAAAUACAAAUACAAAGACGACAACAUUACUACUUUAAGAGCAGCAGAAGGGUGGGCUUAUAUCAAUCAUGAAAAUACCUUUCACCCCACUGUAUCAUCCUUCGUGAAGAAAUUUUUGAAGAGAGGAGGAGGAGGAGGAAUAAUAAUCGGGUUUAAUGGCUUAGUCAUUAGUUUCCUGUAUACAAGGAGGCCUGCAUAUCGAUGCGUAAUUUAUUUUUAUCUUUGUAUACUACAAGCAGCUAUCGCUCUAUUAUAA